AAGACGAAAAGAAUAAUUUCUUGGACUUACCCUCUCUCUGCCAAUGAGCAAUCUUCAACCCAGACAGGCCGCGCGGGAGUGAGUCAUCCACCAUCAUAGACACGUUACAACGCUUAUGGAUUCAACCAAGGGCUUUGCUCUCUCUCCCUCUCCCUAAUCCUAGUUUCUCUCAUGACCCAACAUUCCAGCGACUGAUUUCUCACUCUCCAGCAACUAGGUUUGAUUCACUUUAUUGCAUGGAGUCAUCAGCAGAAAAGUAUGCUGCAUUUAAACAGAAAGUUAGUAGGACAGUGUACUUGGACAACAUGUCACCACAAGUCACUGAAUCUGUGAUAAGAACUGCUCUUGACCAGUUUGCAACUGUGAAAAAUGUCAAGUUUAUUCCCAACUACAUCGGUCCAAGCAAUCAGCCACAGUGUGCAUUAGUAGAAUUAGAUUCUGCCAAAAAGGCCAAGGAAAUUUUAUCAAUGAUAGCGGGUUAUCCUUUCAUGAUGUCUGGGCAGCCACGGCCUGUGAGGGCUCGGCCUGCUGUGAUGGAAAUGUUUGAUGAUCAACCAAUAAAGCCUAACAGAAAGAUCAAGAUCCGUUGGUUGGAGCCUAGUGAUCCUGAUUUUGAGCUGGCAAAGGAAGUAAAGAAUCUUACUCGCAAACAUGCUGCAGAAGUAGAAUUCCUUGACAAACUGCUACUAGAAGACGAAGAGAAGCUAGCAAAGCAGCAGGAAGAGACACUUAAGGUGCAUUACAAAAAGUUUAAGAUGAUAGAGGGCAUUAUGGCUGACAAAACUGCUCAUCGUUUGGCACGAAAGUAUAAUCUACAUGUUGCAGAUGAUUGGGCUCGUUUGGAUUAACAACUUAUGUAAAUAGCUUUUUAGUUUUCCUUGCUAGGAUUUAAGGUUUGUUGCUUCUUUCUACUCCCACUACUACUACUAAAGAAGCUCAGAUCAUACAUGUUAUAUGAUAUGCUCUUUGAUCCAUGCCCAAGAUCACCUUUUGUUUCGUUUUCUUUUGAUUCAGAGUAGGGUGUUGGUGGUAAUAUAAAUUUAACUUCGCCAGAUUUAUUUUUCCCUUAAAUUGAUUAUGGUAAUCCAUAUUUUCCUUUUA